ACCCAACCCGCACCGAGCUCGAAACAUGAACUGAUGAUCCAAGCCGAGCGACACAAGGAAAGACAAUCUCAAAGGUCUCUCUCUCUCUCUCGCUCUGCCUGCACUGCUCCGUUCUCUUGGACUGCUCCGAUCUCUUGGACGCGGCGAUCAAUCGGACAAUCAGUGAUGAAGGCGUCGAAGCGGCCGAUCCAGGUGGUGGCGACAUGGGUGCGGCGGCAGCCGCCGAAGGUGAAGGCCUUCCUGGCCGUCAUCUCCGGCAUGACCGCCCUGGUGUUCCUCCGGAUGGUGGUCCACGACCACGACAACCUCUUCGUCGCCGCCGAGGCUGUCCACGCCAUCGGAAUCUCCGUCCUCAUCUACAAGCUCAUGAAGGAGAAGACUUGUGCCGGGCUUUCACUCAAAUCUCAGGAACUAACCGCUCUCUUCUUAGCGGUCAGACUCUACUGUAGCUUCGUCAUGGAGUAUGAUAUCCACACGCUUCUUGAUUCUGCUACACUGGUAACAACUCUCUGGGUCAUCUACAUGAUCCGUUUCAAACUGAGAUCCAGUUACAUGGAGGACAAAGACAACUUUGCAAUCUACUAUGUGGUGAUACCUUGCGCAGUUCUAUCUCUACUUAUUCACCCCUCAACGCAUCACCAUAUCUUCAACAGGAUUUUCUGGGCAUUUUGUGUGUAUCUUGAGGCUGUUUCAGUGCUACCUCAGCUGAGAGUCAUGCAGAACACUAAGAUUGUGGAGCCUUUCACAGCUCAUUACGUGUUUGCCUUGGGAAUUGCAAGGUUCUUGAGCUGUGCACAUUGGGUUCUCCAGGUACUGGACACGAGAGGGCGCUUGCUGACAGCAUUAGGUUAUGGGCUGUGGCCUUCCAUGGUCCUGCUCUCUGAGAUCGUCCAAACUUUCAUUCUUGCAGAUUUUUGCUACUACUACGUGAAGAGUGUUGUCGGUGGGCAACUUGUUCUACGCCUUCCUUCAGGGGUUGUGUGAUGCGGUAUGGUAUGCAUUACCCAAACAGGACUCGGAAUUGGCACGUUGUGGUUGAUCGGGUUGGGUCGCUUCUGCUCUAGAGAUAGUCUUACUCUUUUAUUUAAAGUCUUUCACUGUUGAUGAUAUAUUUAGACUGUUAGCUGCUUCCUGUUUUGGCAUAUAUUUCUGUACUGCGGAAGCUAUCCUAGCUGUAGCUUAAGUUGCAGCCAUUUAUAUGAAUCAGAAAUUCCAAAACCUGUUCAUAUUGCACAGGAUCCCGUCA